UAUGGCUGGGGGCGGGGUUGUGGCUUUUCCAGGGAAGAUGGGAAUGAAAUUACUCUGAGGUCGCGGGAAAUUGGGGAUGAGACCUUUCCAAGUAGGACAGUGUCCCGGAAAGCGGGCUAUGAGGCCCCUCCUGAUAUGGUUGGGGUCCGGGCAAGCCAGUGUCGAUUCCCCUCCGAGGAGGGCCAGGUGGGGAAGCACAGGCUCCGGUGACUGGCCCAGGGGCCUGGGACCGGAGGCGGCAGAGACCUGCGGAACGAUGAGAUCUGACAUGAAGCUACUGACUGACAAUGGCGAUGAGUGGUCCAUCUGCCUGAUGGCUCAGCUCAGCAGGGAAAGCACCAGUCACUCAGAUGCCCAAGCCUGAGAAUCUGCUUGACUCCCCAGGCCUGUUAGGUGAGGGUCCGGACGUCCUGGUAUACAGCUUGGACUUUGGUGGGCAUCUGCGGAUGAUGAAGCGAGUACAGAACCUGCUUGGCCACUAUCUUAUCCAUGGGUUCCGGGUGCGGUCAGAGCCCGAUGGAGACUUGGAGUCACAGGCCACAGUGGCUGUGUUUGGGAGCAAGGGGCUCCGAGUUGUGAAAGUUAGCUGGGGGCAGGGCCGCUUCCGGGAGGUCUGGCGCUCUGGCCUGUGGAGCAUGUCCGACUGGAUCUGGGAUACAUGCUGGUUGGAGGAGAAUGUGGCCGUAGCUCUGGGCCACAACUCAGUGGUGCUCUACGACCCCAUGGUAGGACGUACCCUGCAGGAGGUGCCCUGCACAGAUAGGUGUACCCUCUCCUCAGCCUGCCUGAUUGGAAACACUUGGAAGGAGCUGACCAUGGUGGCGGGUGCCAUUUCCAACGAGCUCCUGGUCUGGUACCCAGCAACCAUGUCAGAAAUCGAGCCUGUGGCACCUGACCGGCGGGUCAGUGGGCAUGUGGGUGUCAUCUUCAGCAUGUCGUACCUGGAAAGCAAGGGCUUGCUGGCCACAGCUUCAGAAGACCGAAGUGUCCGCAUCUGGAAGGUGGGCGACCUCCGGGUGCCUGGGGGUCGAGUGCAAAAUAUUGGGCACUGUUUUGGGCACAGUGCCCGUGUGUGGCAGGUCAAGCUCCUGGAGAAUUACCUUAUCAGUGCAGGAGAAGACUGCGUUUGCCUGGUUUGGAGCCACGAAGGUGAGAUCCUCCAGGCCUUUCGGGGCCAUCAGGGCCGUGGGAUCCGGGCCUUAGCUGCCCACGAGCAGCAGGCCUGGGUCAUCACCGGGGGUGAUGACUCAGGUAUCCGGCUGUGGCACCUGGUAGGCCGUGGGUACCCAGGCUCGGGGGUUUCAGCUCUCUGUUUUAAGUCCCGUAGCAGGACAGGCACCCUCAAGGCCGUAACACUGGCUGGCUCUUGGCGAGUAUUGGCAGUGACUGACAAAGGGUCUCUGUACCUCUAUGAUCUCGAGGUCAAGUGCUGGGAGCAGCUCCUGGAGGACAAGCGCUUCCAGUCCUAUUGCCUCCUGGAAGCAGCUCCUGGACCUGAGGGCUUCGGGCUGUGUGCUAUGGCCAACGGGGAGGGUCGUGUCAAGGUUGUCCCCAUCAACACUCCAACUGCUGCCGUGGACCUGACCCUGUUCCAGGGGAAGGUGCACAGCCUGAGUUGGGCCCUGCGUGGCUAUGAGGAGCUCCUGUUGCUGGCAUCGGGCCCUAGUGGAGUGGUCACUUGUCUGGAGAUCUCAGCUGCACCCUCUGGCAAGGCCAUCUUUGUCAAGGAACGUUGUCGCUACCUGCUUCCCCCAAGCAAGCAGAGGUGGCACACGUGCAGUGCCUUCCUGCCCCCAGGAGACUUCCUGGUAUUCGGGGAUCGCCGGGGCUCCGUGCUGCUGUUCCCUUCCAGACCAGGUCUGCUCAAGGCCCCUGGGGUUGGAGGCAAGGCUGGGGCUGGGGGACUUGGCGUGAGUGGUUGCAGUGGUGGGGGAGGGAGCACCUCGGCUGAGUUGGGCCCUGUGUCCACACUCCCUUCCCUGCAUGGGAAACAGGGCGUGACCUCUGUCACCUGUCAUGGUGGUUACGUGUAUACCACAGGGCGUGACGGCGCCUACUACCAGCUCUUUGUGCGAGGCGGCCAGCUCCAGCCAGUCCUACGGCAGAAGUCCUGUCGAGGCAUGAACUGGCUGGCUGGGCUCCGCAUGGUGGCCGAUGGGAGCAUGGUUAUCCUGGGUUUCCAUGCCAAUGAGUUUGUGGUAUGGAGCCCCCGGUCACACGAGAAGCUGCACAUCAUCAGCUGUGGUGGAGGACACCGCUCCUGGGCCUUCUCGGAUACCGAGGCUGCUGUGGCCUUUGCCUACCUCAAGGAUGGGGACGUCAUGCUGUAUCGGGCCCUGGGUGGCUGUACCAGGCCACAUGUAAUUCUCCGGGAGGGUCUGCAUGGCCGAGAGAUCACCUGUGUAAAACGUGUGGGCACCAUCACCCUGGGGCCUGAAUUUGAGGUGCCCAACCUUGUGCAACCUGACCACCUGGAGCCUGGCAGCAAGGGGCCUGGCCUGAUCGACAUCAUGAUCACAGGCAGUGAAGACACUACCGUCUGUGUGCUGGCACUCCCCACGGCCACGGGUGCGGCCCACGCGCUCACAGCAGUUGGCAACCAUAUCUCGUCGGUGCGUGCGGUGGCCGUGUGGGGCCCCGGCACCCCAGGUGGCCCUCAGGAUUCUCGGCCAGGCCUGACUGCCUAUGUGGUGUCUGCCGGGGGCCGGGCUGAGAUGCAGUGUUUCAGCAUCAUGGUCACACCAGACCCUGGCACCCCAAGCCGCCUUGCGUGCCACAUCAUGCACCUCUCAUCGCAUCGGCUAGAUGAGUACUGGGAUCGGCAGCGCAAUCGGCACCAGAUGGUCAAGGUGGACCCAGAGACCAGGUACAUGUCCCUGGCUGUGUGUGAGCCUGACCGGCCUGGCCCUGGCCCCCUUGUGGCUGCAGCCUGUAGUGAUGGGGCAGUGAGGCUCUUUGUCUUACAGGACUCAGGGCGGCGGCUUCAGCUGCUUGCCGAAACCUUCCACCACAAGCGGUGUGUACUCAAGGUUCACUCCUUCACACAUGAGACACCCAACCGGCGGCGGAGGCUGCUUCUGUGCAGUGCAGCCACCGAUGGCAGCCUGGCCUUCUGGGACCUCACCACCGUGCUAGACCAUGGUUCCACUGCCCUAGAGCCACCAGCAGAGCCUGGGCUUCCCUCCCAGCUGGGGACACCCUGCCUCACUCUCCAGGCCCACAGCUGCGGUAUCAACAGCCUGCACACCUUGCCCACGUGUGAGGGCCACCAUCUUGUGGCCAGUGGCAGUGAAGAUGGCUCUCUCCAUGUCUUUGUGCUUGCCGUGGAGGUGCCAGAGCUGGAAGAGGCUGCUGGGGAGGCUGAGCUGAGACCUCAGCUGCGUGUGCUAGAGGAAUACUCUGUUCCUUGUGCACAUGCUGCGCAUGUGACAGGUCUCAAGAUUCUGAGCCCAAACCUCAUGGUCUCAGCCUCCAUCGACCAGCGGUUGACCUUCUGGCGUUUGGGGCACGGUGAGCCCACCUUCAUGAACAGUGCUGUGUACCAUGUACCGGAUGUGGCUGACAUGGACUGUUGGCCUGUGAGCCCUGAGUUUGGCCACCGCUGUGCUCUUGGGGGCCAGGGACUUGAGGUUUACAACUGGUAUGACUGAGAUGUCUCGUGGUGGCAGGCAUGCUGGGCGUGGAGCCUGCUCGCAGACAGAGUGGAACAGUGAGUGAGCAUGCCCGUGCCCAGCGUGCCUUGAGAGGAGGCAGAGGCAGCUUCGAGCUCCUGACUUCAGAACAGGAGCUGGGGUGAGGAAAGUGCUACCUGCCAGACCGAGGACGCACCCACCCCCACACUCCACAGUAGGACACAGCUUUACAACAGAACAAUUUUAUUUUGCAUCCAGGCCCCUAACAAAAUCUGUGGGGCUGUUUUUUUUUCCCCCAGUCGAUGACUUUGUGACAUUAGGGCCUUGUUGCUUCAGAUGUGGUUCAGUGGAGGGAGGCCCAGCAUGGCCAGGCCAGCGUGCAGCACUGCACGCACGGCCCGCAGAAGCUGCAGGCGAGCAAACAUCUGACCAAAGAGGUGCGGUCGGGGCUCCUGGAGGAGAAGAGGCCUGCUGCUCUCAUCCUCUGCUGCCCCUGCCUUCACCCCUCCUGUGCCUCCCAUGCACCCCCUUUUGCUGUGUGCUUACCCCUAGGAUGUGUAUACGGUUGUAGUACGAGCUGAAAUCCAUGCUGAGCUGCACCAGGAAUUUGCACACCUGGUGACAGAAACAAGUCACUGGCCUGUCCCUCAGCACUCUUGUGCCCCAGCCCAGAAUAAAGAAUAGAGUGUA